UACAACAUGGAAGAUAUUUAAAAGAUAACUCAAACCUGUUUACCGAAUAAUUUCGAGAGUUUGAAAUCUACAAAAGACCACGGAGUCAUAGGAUAUAAGAAACAUCGGCAUAGCCGAAGCCUCAGUAACCGGUAGUUUGACCUAGCGAAAAUAUGAUAAAACCCGCAGUGAUCCUCGCACUUUUAGUCGUCAUGACCUCAGCACUUUGGGAUGAAGACCUCGAACUAUGGCAGCCACCUGAUUCGGCCGAAUCUAUUUUGACCAAAGCUGAGAACAUUCUGGAGAUGAUCCUGGAGGACAAACCGAUCCCAGAGAACUUGAGCAAAGCCUUUAGCGACUCGGUUAGGAAAGAUUCACUGACCAAGGUGCACAGCUGCGACUGGUUCGGAGGUUUAUUCUUCCCCUCGACCUGCAAACACCAGGAUGGCAGUAACCUGGAAGCGUGCGACGAGUGUUCAAACCGUAUGCAGAAGGUCUGCAUAAAUAAAAACGAGGAUUUCAUAGCCAAGGUUGAGCCGAAGGUUAAAAGUUUGGUGUACGAAGUUUCAUGGUUGUACAACAGGAUGGAGCAAUUGAAGAAUACCGUGAAGAUAAAAACGGAAGUGUUGAGGAAUAGCACAAAAAACGAGGUGAAACUUCUCGGCGAAGUACAGGACCUGAGACUGGAACUUCAGAGGGUGAAAAGCGAGUUUGAGACUUUGAAUACCAUGGAAAUGCAGAAAUGGAUGGAACUGUCGAAGCUGGACGAGAGGAAACAGGCAGAUAUAAACGAAUUAAAAUCGAAGUUGAUCGAGUGCGAGGAGAUCCGUGAUGAAGAAUUGGAGAAAAACAUGGAGGCAAAGGGGGAAAAGAUAUUUGCCGAGAUAUCACUGGCGGAAUGUAAAGACAGUGAGAAAAGCACGAUCGCGGAGCUUGAAGAGGCGAGGGAAAAAUUGAGGAACACUCAGUGGGAAUUGGAACAGCUUCGUAGCGGCAAAGAGCCGAUUGAUACGACGGAACUCCUCUCGGUUAUAAAAAAAUUGCAGAAUUCAGUCAACGAGUUAAAAGCCGAACGUAAUCACGGUCCGACAAAUGAAUACGACGUGCACCGAGAACCGGAAAGAAAAACGCUGGGCGAAAAGAUUUUAGAUCGUGCAAUGUUGGCGCUGGAUAGAAAUUAAGAGGGAAUCUUUUG